GGGCGGCGGGGCGGGCGCGGGGGGCCGCGCGCCGGGAGCCUUGGUAACGCGCGGGCCGCGUGUGGCGAUCGCGGAGGCUCCGGGAGGGAUUUGGCCCCGCCAUGAAGAUCGAGGAGGUGAAGAGCACCUCGAAGACGCAGCGCAUCGCCGCCCACAGCCAUAUCAAGGGGCUGGGGCUGGAUGAGAGCGGCACCGCCAAGCCGGCCGGGGGCGGGCUGGUGGGGCAGGAAAAUGCGCGGGAGGCUUGUGGGGUUAUAGUGGAACUAAUCAAAAGCAAGAAAAUGGCUGGCAGAGCUGUGCUGUUGGCAGGACCUCCUGGAACUGGCAAGACUGCUUUGGCUUUAGCUAUUGCUCAAGAACUGGGAAGUAAAGUUCCUUUUUGCCCCAUGGUUGGCAGUGAGGUUUAUUCCACUGAGAUCAAGAAAACAGAAGUUCUGAUGGAAAACUUCCGACGUGCCAUUGGGCUGAGGAUUAAAGAGACUAAGGAGGUUUAUGAAGGAGAAGUCACAGAACUAACUCCAUGUGAGACUGAAAAUCCUAUGGGGGGUUAUGGCAAAACCAUCAGCCACGUAAUUAUAGGUCUCAAAACUGCAAAGGGGACCAAGCAGUUGAAGCUGGACCCAAGUAUAUUUGAGAGCCUGCAGAAGGAACGAGUGGAAACUGGUGAUGUUAUUUACAUUGAAGCAAACAGUGGGGCUGUCAAGAGGCAAGGUAGAUGUGAUAUCUAUGCUACGGAAUUUGACCUUGAAGCUGAAGAGUAUGUUCCCUUGCCAAAGGGUGAUGUGCACAAGAAAAAGGAAAUUAUUCAGGAUGUCACCCUGCAUGACUUGGAUGUGGCCAAUGCUCGACCUCAGGGUGGGCAGGACAUCCUUUCUAUGAUGGGACAGUUGAUGAAGCCCAAGAAAACCGAGAUCACUGACAAACUUCGAGGGGAGAUAAACAAGGUGGUAAAUAAAUACAUCGAUCAAGGUGUUGCAGAGCUUGUCCCUGGGGUUCUCUUCGUAGAUGAAGUUCACAUGCUGGAUAUUGAAUGUUUCACAUACCUGCAUCGAGCACUGGAAUCUUCUAUUUCCCCCAUUGUCAUCUUUGCUUCCAACCGAGGGAACUGUGUUAUCAGAGGCACAGAGGAUAUAGUGUCUCCUCAUGGAAUACCACUGGACCUGCUGGAUAGAGUCAUGAUUAUCCGAACUAUGCUGUAUACACCCCAAGAAAUGAAGCAAAUCAUAAAGCUUCGUGCUCAGACAGAAGGAAUAAACAUCAGUGAAGAAGCUCUGAACCAUUUAGGGGAAAUUGGUACCAAGACAACCUUAAGGUAUGCUGUGCAGUUACUGACCCCAGCUAACCUGCUUGCCAAGAUUAAUGGGAAAGACAGCAUUGAGAAAGAGCAUAUUGAAGAAAUAAAUGAACUUUUCUAUGAUGCCAAAUCCUCGGCAAAAAUCUUGGCUGAUCAACAGGAGAAAUACAUGAAAUGAAGAGCUUAUCCUAUUAGAUGCUUUGAAGCAGGUUUAACCCUUACCCAGGGCUGGCUUAGCUAUUGAAUGAGGAAUGUUAAUGGUUUGUCUCUUUUGGGACUGAAAAAUAUUUAAAUGUUGGACUGCUUUGUCAGACCAGAAUUAACUGUCAGGUGUUCCUAUUUCAUUAUCAACAAUAAGAUGCUCCACGGUUGUGUAAUAUCUUAGUCUCCCUUUUAUGAGUAUGUAUGAAACUAAUAGCUCCUUGACCCCUCAGUUUUGUCUUUAGAUUUCAUUACAGAAGAACUCUAACUAAAGCUGAUGCUUAAGAUCAGUCUAUUUUCUUUAUCAGUGUUUUAAAAUAGUUUCCUUUUACAAAUGAGAGCUCACAGGUUUCUUUGAAUAAAAGUUUGUCUGAAUGCUUUAUAAUAAAAUAUUUCAAGAAUAGUGGAAACUUUUAUAUGUUUGCCCUGGGUAUUCACCUUCCGAAAGAAACAAGUAAAAAUAAGUUGGAAUUAAUAAACCAAAUAUGAGUAAAAGGGAUUUGCAACACAAAACUCUAUCUACAACAAAUGAAAGAAAUAGUAAUAAGACCUUUUUAAAGUGUUUGUUGACUUGUGUGUCAGUUUUGGGUUUUAUUUUCGAAGAUUUCUUUGGAGAAUGCAGAAAUGCAUAGUAGUAAUUGUCAUAGACCUAUUUAAAGCCUCUCCUCACAAGUAACUCACCCUUUCUUUGGAUUUCCUUAAGCAGAUUAAAUAAAAAUUACUUUCCAUCAUG